ACAGAAAUAUUAUUGUUAUUAUUAGGAGGAAGAUAUUUAGAGCAUUCACGGCAAACACACGUUGAACUCUCUAGCGUAGAGGUGGUUGGACCUAGAGGUGUAUGUCGUGUAGCAGAUAUGCCUGAACCACGUCAAGGACAUACAGCAGGAGUACUGGGGGAUACUGUUUAUGUAUGUGGGGGAACUAGUGGUAAACAUAUUCAUGAAAGGCGAGACUGUUUGACCUAUGACCUUGAGAGUGGAGAAUGGAGCAGAUUAAUGUCUCCUGCUCCCAAGGGACUAGCGUUCAGUGCUGUUGCCACAGGAAGGAACUCUUUAUACCUCGUGGGAGGAAGAGAGAGUCUGUAUAAGACAUCUCAGGAUCGGCCCUGGGAGACUAGAAACCUGGUAAUGGAGUUUAGCAGGCUUAGAAGAAAUGAGGAAUCCUGGAGAUAUAUGCCGAACAUGACGGUUCCAGGUUCAGAUGGCUGUGCUGCUGUAAUAGGGCAGGAGCUGUGGUAUAUAGGAGAACAAGGAGUGGAGGUUUUGAAGAACGGUGAAGUAUCUUGGAAGCACUUGGAACUGGAUCGAAUUAGGAAUGAGACUUACGAGCUGAGAAUGAGCAUGAUGAGGAGAAACCAGGGUGUUGGAGCCACCACCAGUGACCAGGGGGACCUGGAGGAGAGAACCAUGAAACCGGUCGAGUUCAAGUUCAGGGAGGAGAAGAAGAAGGAGAGAAAAGAACGAAAGAAUGAGAGAAAUCUACAGAUUCCUCAACCUCCCCAAAACAGUUUCCCUAUUCUCCUGUCUGAUGGUGAACUACAGAGGAAAGAUGCUGCUGAGGAGAGAAGGAGGAUAAAGGAGGAGGAGAGAAGGAGAAGAAACCUGGAGAAACUACAAGUAGAGAACCCGUCCAGUAUCUGGGAUCAAAUUAGGAACGUGUUUGACAAGGGAUCUAAGGGAGUGGAUGAAAUAUUCAACAAGGACGAAUCUCCAGUGGAGUUUCUCACCAGGAGAAAAAGACAGAUAACACGACCUCCAAGAGUUGACAUUGUUACGAGAGCACCUUGGCUAGAUUUUCAGCAACCGUUCCUAGAAACUCCUCUCCAGGUACCACCUGUGGUUCAAUAUAGACCACCUGAGUAUAACCCUAGAGAUCAGAAAUCCAACCUGAUCUGGCCUGGACAAGGAGUAAGAGGAUCAGGACAGAGCAGAGAAGACCAGAAUCCAAGGGACUGGAACCAGCGGAGAGGAAAAUUCCAAGAAGAUGGAUUAUCAAGAGAUAGAACUGAACAUUUCGGAGGCAGGGAUGGAACUGAGUCUCCUCCGAGAAAUGCACUUAAUGACAGAAGAUGGGAGGCAUUCAACCCGAAGGAAUCAGCCACAAGGCCUCCUUUCGGAGGUGUGGAGUCUCUACGUCCUGAAGAGAAGAUGGUUGGACAAGGUUGCGCAGUAUCAGAAAUAAAUGGAGAGGAAGGAUUAUUACUGGCUGGUGGAGUAUGGGAAGGAGGUAGAAAACUCUCCUGGGUUCCUCUACAGAGACCCGGAGCUCCGUUCUUAGAGGUUAUAGCAAACCUGGAGGAACCUCGUCGUUGGAGACCCGGAGUUGGACGCAUAGCAGGACGGGUUGCAGUGAUUGGAGGAGGAGAUUGGGGGACAGAUACAAUCGAGGUUUUAGAUAAUUCAAACAGGUUUAAGCUUUUGGUUCAUAAAUUGGAGAAAAGGAGAGAAAAUACAGCAGCUGUCACAGUUGACAGCAGUUAUUUCAAGAAAUGUAAAUUCUAGCUGUUACAGCUCACAGCAGUUAUUUCAAGAAAUGUAAAUUCUAGCUUUCACAGUUGACAGUAGUUAUUUCAAGCAAUAUAAAUUCUAGCUGUCACAGCUCACAGCAGUUAUGUAAAGCAAUGCAAAUUCUAGCUUUCACAGUUGACAGUAGUUAUUUCAAGCAAUUUAAAUUCUAGCUGUCACAGUUGACAGCAGUUAUUUCAAGAAAUGUAAAUUCUAGCUGUCACAGUUCACAGCAGUUAUUUACAGCACUAUUAAUUCUAGCUGUCACAGUUGACAGCAGUUAUUUCAAGCAAUGUAAAUUCUAGCUGUUACAGUUGACAGUAGUUAUUUCAAGCAAUAUAAAUUCUAGCUGUCACAGCUCACAGCAGUUAUGUAAAGCAAUGCAAAUUCUAGUUGUCACAGUUCACAGCAGUUAUUUACAGCACUAUUAAUUCUAGCUGUCACAGUUGACAGCAGUUAUUUCAAGCAUUAUAAAUUCUAGCUGUCACAGAUAACAGCAGUUAUUUCAAGCAUUCUAAAUUCUAGCUGUUACAGUUGACAGCAGUUAUUUUAAUCAAACUGCCAAAUAAAAUGUUGAAAUUAA